AUGUGUGGCAUUCUCGCCCUUAUUCUAGGCCACAUUGGCGACGACCCGAGAGCACCGUGUAAGGCGGCUGCAGAGCUUCACAAUGCACUUUACUUUCUCCAACACCGAGGACAAGAUGCUUGUGGAAUAGCCACAUGUGCUGCUGGAGGUCGUAUCUACCAGUGUAAAGGAAAUGGUAUGGCAGCCGAUGUUUUCAGCUCAAAUGGUAACCGUGUGAGCCAAUUACCUGGUUCUAUGGGAGUCGCGCAUCUGAGGUACCCUACUGCUGGAACUUCGUCGUCUGCAGAAGCACAGCCGUUCUACGUCAACUCGCCCUAUGGCAUCCUCUUCGCGCACAAUGGAAACCUGGUCAACGCCUCGGAGCUUCGCGAGUUUCUUGAUAAAGAAGCCCAUAGGCAUAUCAACACAGACAGCGAUAGUGAGCUGAUGCUCAAUAUUUUUGCGAACGAGCUCAAUGAGACUGGCAAAGCCAGAGUCAACUAUGAAGACAUCUUUGAGGCACUCGCAAGAACCUAUUCGCGCUGUAUAGGCGGGUGGGCCUGCACAGCAAUGAUUGCCGGCUACGGUAUCCUCGCAUUUCGCGAUAGCAACGGUAUUCGACCACUCAUCAUGGGCGAGCGGCCUUCUGAUACACUACCUGGUGCAACGGAUUAUAUGUUGGCGUCAGAGUCGAUUGCACUGAGGCAGUUGGGCUUCACGAAGAUGCGUGACAUCAAACCUGGUGAGGCAGUCUUCAUUCCUAAAGGAAAGGAGCCCGUUUUCCGUCAAGUCGAGAAGUCAAAGUCUUACAGUCCUGACAUCUUCGAAUACGUAUACUUUGCCAGGCCGGACACAACAAUUGACGGUAUCAAUGUCUUCAAGAGCCGACAACUUAUGGGUUACAAGCUUGCAGACAAGAUCCGCCAGAUCUUAGGCGAGGAAGGCAUCAAGGAAAUCGAUGCUGUCAUCCCUAUUCCUGAAACUGCCAACACGUCAGCAGCUUCCGUGGCAGAAAGCUUGAGGAAACCAUAUUCCCAGGGCUUCGUUAAGAACAGAUAUGUGUUCCGAACCUUCAUUAUGCCAGGUCAAAGCCAGCGACAGAAGGGUGUGAGAAGGAAGCUGAGUGCUAUCGAAUCUGAAUUCCAAGGGCGCACUGUUCUACUCAUCGAUGACUCGAUCGUUCGCGGUACAACUAGCAAGGAGAUCGUUGUUAUGGCCAGAGAAGCUGGCGCAAAGAAAGUCAUCUUUGCCAGUUGCUCGCCAAUGAUUAUGUAUCCUCACAUCUACGGAAUCGAUUUAGCAAGCCCUGCCGAGCUCAUUGCCUCGGACCGUGACCGUGCUGCCAUUGCCAAGAUUAUUGAUGCGGACGAUGUCAUAUUUCAGGACCUUGACGAUUUGAAGGCAGCAUGUGCUGAGUGUUCCCCAGAGCAUGGCCCGAAAGAGUUCGAAGUCGGAGUGUUCUGCGGUAGUUACGUUACACCUGUGCCCACCGGGUAUUUCGAACACUUGGUAGAGCUCCGAGGAAAGAAGCAAAAGCCAGCGCCUACUUCAAACUCAAAGACCAUAGCCAGCAGUGGACCUGCUCUUGUUGGUGGCGAGCACGGUGCAGUCUCCAACGGAGAAGCAAUUCAAGAUGCGGAACACUUGAGAAGCACCAUCGCAUCACCUCUUGUUCGGGAAGAUAUCAGUCUACACAAUUUUGCGUCUGAUUCAGACAGAAGAUAG